CAGAAUCGAAAGUUCAUGUCCGCCGCAAAAUUCGUCUCCUCAUUCAGGCUCGCCUCUCUCCUCCGCCAUGAGAAGGACCCUUCCGCCGCCUUCAAGCUUUUCCGGAACCCUAAUCCGGAGACGGCAAACCCUGAAAGGCCCUUCAGAUACUCGCUUCUCUGCUAUGACAUCAUAAUCACUAAGCUCGGCCGAGCCAAGAUGUUCGACGAGCUCCAACAUGUUCUUUACCAGCUUAAAUCCGACACCCGAAUCGCUCCCACAGAGGUUAUCUUCUGCAAUGUGAUCGAUUUCUAUGCCCGAGGGCGUUUACCCAACCAUGCGCUCCAACUGUUCGACGAUAUGCCUCUUUACCGUUGUCAACGGACCGUGAAAUCUGUGAACUCGCUGUUGAAUGCGCUCCUGAAGUGCCGCCAGUUCGAGAAGAUGAGUGAUAUCCUUCUGGGCAUGGAGAAGUUCGGGAACCCAGAUGCUUGCACUUACAAUAUUCUGAUCAAUGGGUGUUUUCGAAAUGGGUGUUGCGAUGAUGCAUGGAGAUUGUUCGACGAAAUGCUCAGGAACAAGGUGAAGCCCAGUGGGGUGACUUUCGGGACGUUGAUUCACGGGUUAUGCAGGGAUUCGAAGGUGAAAGAAGCAUUGAAGAUGAAACACGACAUGUUGAAAAUGUACGGGGUUCGCCCUACGAUUCACGUAUAUGCGUCACUGAUUAAAGCGCUUUGUGAGAUUGGUGAGCUGAGUUUGGCAUUCAAGCUAAAGGAGGAGGCAAAUGAAGGAAAGAUCAAACUAGAUUCGGCUAUUUACUCCACUUUGAUCAGCUCACUUUUAAAGGUUGGAAGAUCAAACGAGGUAUCGGGGCUCUUGGAAGAGAUGAGAGAAAACUUAUGCAAACCGGACACAGUGACUUACAAUGUACUGAUUAAUGGGUUCUGCAUCAAGAGUGACACAGAAUCGGCUUGUCGUGUUUUGGAUGAAAUGGAAGAAAAGGGUUGUAAACCAGAUGUUAUAAGUUUCAACAUGGUGCUUGCUGCUUUGUGUAAAGCCAAGAAAUUGACAGAAGCCAGUUACUUGUUUGAAGAUAUGCCCAGGAGGGGCUGUGGUCCUGAUGUUGUGUCCUACAGGGUAGUUUUCGAUGGUCUUUGUGAUGGUAUGCAAUCCAAGGAAGCGGCUUCGAUCUUAGAUGAAAUGCUUUUCAAAGGCUACAAGCCUCGAAGGGAUGGUCUAGAGAGAUUUCUCAAAGGGCUGUGUCAAAACGGAAACUUGGAGAUUCUCGGGAAAGUUAUGGGUAGCUUGCACCAAAGAGAUGCCAUUGAUGCAGAGAUCUGGUCGAUUAUAAUAGAUACAGCUUUCAAGGAACUCAAGAUAUGUCAUAUGUCGGAUUCUAUCGAUUUGUUGCUGACUCGUUGAAGAAGAAGCUCUCCGUGGAAGA